AUGCUCCCGUUGUUUGUUGCUUCGGCUAUGAAAACGAGCAUCGUUCUCAGCACAUUCAAGCACCUGAAGUGCCUGUUCAUGUACUGUAGUUGCAUAACCUGCUACAGUCCGAGAAUAUUGUUCGAGAAAAAGAAUAAUUAUACAUUUUGUUCAUGGAUGCAUAGCAUUUUCUCCAUUACUGCUCCUGUUAUUUGCAGGAAGAGAAGUUACGUGGACGUCCAGACUAUGAAACGUUCAUCAACUGAGUCAUACUUGUCACAUGUCAUAUGGCAUCUAGGCGAACAGGAUAUCGUGGUUGAUACGUGA